GGAAUGCCAAAGAGAAUUUCAACUGUUUUGAUUUAUAUCAAUAUCAUUGAUGUGAAUGAUGAAGCACCGACUUUCAUUAGUCCACUUCAAGAAGAUAUGAUUUACACUUUAUCGAUUAAUGAAGCUCCAGGAUAUCAAGUUCUAAAGUUUAAAGCUAACGAUCCAGAUGAUGGGAUAAAUGCUAAAAUUAAAUAUUCAUUAACAGAAUUAUCACAAACAAAAUUAUACAAUGAAAAUGAAAGUUCAUCAACUUGUAAAACUUUAAGUUUUAAAUCUUUAAAACAUCAAAAUACAUCUUGUAAUCUUUUACAAUAUCUCUACUUAAAUCAAUCAUCUGGAAGUUUAACUUUAAUUAAACAAUUACCAUUGAAUUUAUUAAAUACAACAUGUCGUCUACGUGUUGAAGCAUCAGAUAUGGGUAUAAUCCCAUUACAAACAACACGUUUCUUUUGUUUACAUAUAAUGACUACAAAUGAUUUAAAACAAGUGAAAUGGAUGUCAUACACAAAACAGUAUAGACACUCGAUAAUGUAUGUUUAUAUUAUAGUAGCUGUAAUUAGUAUAGGCUUAAUUAUAUCAUUAAUAUUCGUAUGUAUAGCAUUUACUAUAUGGAAAUAUCCUAAACUGGAGAUGAAUCGAACUGUUAUAAAAGAAUCUACUUCUUAUAAUGAUAGUCAUCAAAUAUCGAGAAUUCUUUGUGUCACUGAAAAAUCUAACACAUCUACUAAUGAAGAGAUAUACCAUACCGUUGUAUGCACAGAAAAUGAAUGGGCUAAUAUCAAUCCACAAUCCGCUGAAGCUAACCAAUCCCAAUAUUUAAACAAAGAUAAUUAUUAUCACUACUUCGCCGAAAGUCAAUAUCCUAGAAACCGACAAAUUUUUGAAUCUUUUCAACAAAAUAAAAAUCCUUCAUCAGAACAGUUAUUUAAUGAAUUAAAUGUAUGUGUUAAUGCAAAUUAUCCGUUAUCUUAUUCAUCGCUACCUCAACAAGGGAAAAUUUUGUUCUACGAUUCAGUGUAAAGAAAACUGUGUAUUUACUUAUUGUGUCAAUUAUUGAGAACGACUUGUAUCCAAUUACAGAGAGACAGAAACAGAAACUAAUUGGGAAAAACAUUGUACAGUGUUUUUAUGUUUCACGG